GCACGGUGACCCUGCGCAUGUUCCGCGAGCUGCAGAGCUCGGAGAUCGUCCAGCACCUCACCAAGACCUUCGACGAGGACUCGGCCGAGUACCCGCUGUCGCGGCACACGGGGCCCUGGCGCCGCUUCCGCGCCAGCCUCUGCGAGCUGCUGGCGGCCGUGGUGUGGCGCGGGCGCCACGGCGCCGUGCUCGACGGCUUCCUGCUCGGCGCCCUCGUGCCACUGCUCGCCGCCCUCGCCGACUCGCCCGUGCGCGCCUUCCGCCACACGGGCACGCUCGUAGCCCUGAAGCUGAUGUCGGCCCUGGUGCCGGUGGCGCUGGCGCUGGCCACGCGCGGGGACAACAACGCGCGGCAGCUGGAGGCCGAGCGGAGCAAGGGACCCGGGCGCAGGGCCCCCGCGCGGCUCGAGGAGCUGCUGGAGCAGCAGCGCGAGCUCCAGGAGCAGCAGGAGGACCUGGAGGCGCUCAUGAACUCCAUCUUCAAGGGCAUCUUCGUGCACCGCUACAGGGACGUGGUGCCCGAGAUCCGGGCCACCUGCAUGGAGGAGCUGGGCCGCUGGAUGAGGAGCUCGGCCGCCUUCCUCACCGACGGCCACCUCAAGUACCUGGGCUGGACCCUGCACGACAAGCAGCCCGCCGUGCGCCUGCAGUGCGUCAAGGCCCUGCAGCGGCUCUACGGGCGCCCCGACGCCGCCGCCCACCUGGAGCUCUUCACCGGCCGCUUCAAGACCCGCAUGGUGGCCAUGGUGCUGGACAAGGAGCCCGACGUGGCCGUGGAGGUCGUGAAGCUGCUGACGCUGAUGGCAGAGAACGUGGAGGACGCCCUGACGGAGGCCGAGAGCUGCCGCGUCUGCACCCUGGUCUACGCGGCCGGCCGGGACCUGGCGGCCGCCGCCGGGCGCUUCCUGUGCGCGAGGCUGCUGGCCCGGCAGCGGGAGGCGGCGCCGGAGGACGGGGACAACCGGACCUUCCUCCUCCUCCUCCUCGACUUCUUCCUGGAGAGCGAGCUGCACGAGCACGCGGCCUAUCUGGUGGACAGCGUGUGGGACUGCGAGGGGCGGCGCCUGCGCGACUGGGACAGCCUGAGCGCCCUGCUGCUGGAGCGGCCGCCCGCAACUGCGCUGGGCGAGCGGCAGGAGCGGGGGCUGGUGGAGAUCCUGGUGGCCGCCGCGCGCCGGGCCAGCGCCGGGCAGCCCCCCCCGGGCCGCGGCAGCGCCCCCAAGGCCUCGGCCCGGGAGCGCCGCGCGCGGGCGGACGAGCGGAGCCGCCUCAGCCACUGCCUCAUCCCGGUGCUGCCGCAGCUGCUGGCCAAGUUCUCUGCCGACGCGGACAAGGCGGCGCCGCUCCUGGAGCUCCUGCAGUGCUUCGACCUGGGCGUCUUCUGCACCGGGCGGCUGGAGAAGCACCUGGAGCUGCUGCUGGAGCAGCUGGGCGAGCUGGUGGAGAAGCACCAGGCGGCGGCGGUGCUGGAGGCGGCGGCGCGCGCCCUGCACGGGCUCUGCGCCCCGGGGCUGGCGCUGCGCGCGCGGCCGGCGCUGGCGCGUGGGCGGCUGGCCGACCGGCUCGCGGGGCGCCUGCGGCACCUGCUCCAGGCGCCGUCCCUGGACGACGAGGAGCUCUACAGCCUGGCGGCCACGCUGCGGCGCCUGGGCGCGCUCUUCAACGCGCACGACCUGACGCCCUGGCAGCUGCUGGAGCCCUGCACGCAGCUGCUGCAGCGCGCGCUGGACACGGGCGAGGUGCCCGCGGAGGUCCUGGUCCCGGCCAUCACCUGCAUCCACUUGCACCUACUCUGGGAGCUGUCACACGUGCCCAGCACCGGCGCCACCCAGGAGCAGCUGCGCCGCCUCAGGGACCAGGCCACCUUGUUCUGCUCCCAGUGCCAGAGCUGCCUGUGCGACACGGACCCCGGCGUCCGGGAGCAGGCGUUCGCGGUGCUCAGCGACCUGCUGCUGGUGCUGGGGCCGCGCAGGGAGCCGCCGGCGCUGGCGCUGCCGCCCGACGCGGGGCUGCGCGCCCAGCUCGCCGCCUUCCUGCAGGACCACGUCUUCGACGGCGCCCACGCAGAGGCGGGCGAGGGCGCUGCCGAGGGGCUGCAGCGGCGCCGCACGCUGCUCGCCGGCUUCUGCAAGCUGCUGCUCUGCGGCGUCCUGGAGCCCAGCGCCGCCUCCGACGUCUACAAGCACUACGCCAAGUUCCACAGCGCCUACGGGGACAUCAUCAAGGAGACGAUGGACGGCGCGCGGCGCCGCGACCCGCACCAGUGGGCGGCCACGCUGCUGCUGAGCCUGCAGCAGCUGAUGACGGAGCUGCUGCUGCAGGAGGGCCCCGAGGUGCGCGCGGCCGCCGGCUUCGCGGAGCUGCGGGCGCUGGCGCGGCGCUUCGCCCCGCUGCUCGGCCCGCGCAGCCGCCCGCUGCUGCUCGCCAUGCACAG